UACCUGGAGUAAUGGUCUCCAAGAGCACAUGAGAACCCAUACAGGCGAAAAGCCACAUCAGUGUAAGCUUUGUGAUAAGAAAUAUAGCCAGAACUCUAGCCUGGGUGUGCAUAUGAGAACCCAUACAGGCAAAGAGCCAUAUCAGUGUAAGAACUGCGAUGUGAGUUUUAGUCGUGUUGAAACACUCUCAAGACACAUAGGUACCCAUACAGGAAAAGAGCCUUUUGAGUGUUAUUUUAAAAAAAAACGUUUUCCCAAAACUGUCACCUUUCAAUGCACUAAAAUCCACACAGGAGAAAGGCCCUUCAAAUGUUCUGUAUGUAACAAAACCUUUUCCGAACGGGAUUAUCUGACAGAUCAUCAAAAAACUCACACAGGAGAAAAGUGAUAUUUGUGUCCCGUCUGUGGCAAAAGCUUUUCCCGCAAUGCUUCUCUUACACAUCAUAUGACAAUUCACACUGGAGAAAAACCCUUUACCUGCUCCGUCUGUGACAAGAGCUUCAGGGAAAAAAGUACCCGUAAGAAGCAUAUGAAAACCCACACUUGACAAUUGAUAACUGAAUUCUCUCAUGUCCAUAGACUUAAUACAGGAUCCUCCCGGUUCCUGUAGGCAAUGGGUUCAUCCACCUUUUCUCCUGCAGGCAAUAGGUUUAAAGGUACUAUGUCGCAUUUGCAGGCAAAACAAAUGAAAAGGUUAAAUUCCAACGGCAUUUGAAAGCUAACACUAAUUUAGAACUUCAUAUUUUGA